AUGGAUAAACCUGAGAAACAACCACAUAAAAAGGCGGCGAUGCACGUCGGUGUUCAAGGCAUCGGAACAUCUCCUAAAGAGUUGGCAUUCCUCGUACGCCACGGUGUAACGCACAUGGAUGCCUCCGUUGGGGAUACUGAAACCGAAACGCUGGUUCGACACAAAGCGGAAGCGGCAGAAGCGGGUGUCAGUCUUGAGAUGAUUCAUAUCGGGCUUCCAGGGAGCAUUACGCUUGCCCAAGAUCCGCAGCGCGAUACGGAUAUUGAUGCCGUUUGCAAAAUAAUCGAGAAUGCUGCAGCGGCUGGAUUGCGAGGAUUAAAUUAUAAUUUUUGCAUCCUAAACCAUCAGCGGACCGAGAGUACACCCGGACGUGGCGGCUCAAGUUACAGCACGUUUGACUUCUCCAAAUACGAUAACGAAACGCUUUCAGAGGCGGGUGAGGUGAGUCGCGAAGAAGCGUUUGAUCGGAUCGCGUAUUUCCUCGAGCGUGUGAUCCCCGUCGCUGAGGCAAACCGAAUCCAGAUGGCGUGCCACCCGAACGAUCCACCCGCGCCUGUUCUGAGAGGCGUUGAACGAUGGAAUUACCCCAUCUUUGACGGCUUAAAACGUUUCGCUGAAAUUGUGGAUAGCCCGUAUCACGGCUUUAAUUUCUGCUGUGGCACAGUGUCAGAGGGUUUAGAUGAUCCAGGCACUGAGUUCUACGAAAUCCUCCGCUAUUUUGGCGAGCAGAAGAAACUUUUCAACAUUCACUUUCGCAAUAUUCGCGGCGGACUGCACAACUUCCAAGAGGUAUGGCCCGACGAGGGACACUUGGACAUGCACAAGGUUGCAGAGACGCUUCGAGAUGUAGAAUACCCCUACAUGUUAAUGCCCGACCACGCACCAGGGCAUCCAGAUGAUCCAUCGCCACCCGGUGCUUCUGGUAGGGUUCGACAGGCGUGGGCAUUCCAGUUCGGAUACAUCAUCGCUCUGAUUCAGGCGGUAAACUCGGUAUAG